AUCGCCAAGUAACGAACUAAGCUCUGAAAUAAUUAUAAAUUAAUUUAUUAACUUGAUAACACUUGGAAGAAAGCAAGAUGAUCAGAUGGAUGACGAACCUCUCACACGAGCAACUCAGAUCUUUGAACCUGUUCGUUAUUGUGUUUCUCUUCACCGGAUUCUUUAUAUCAACUUUACUUAACCCUGUGAUCCUUCUUUACUACAGGAAGAACAAAUCAGAGAAGCUAAGUAGGAAGCUGUUCAUGCUGGUGUCUGUCUCUGAUUUCUGUACAAACAGUUACCCUGUACUUCACAUCUUGUACUUCUGUAUCUCAACUGAUGUCGACUUGGCGGUCAAUACAAACAAAGACCAGAAAAUUGACGACAUGUUCAGGUUCUACGCAGUACCUAGCCUAAUAAUGUGCUCGUUUGGCUGCCUCUCUCAAGUGACGACCUCUGCCCUGGCCAUCGUCCGUAUGAUCUCAAUAUUCUGCCCAUUCCUCCACAUCCCCCAGGGGGUGUUUCUCUCGUACAUUGCUCUCUACUCCCUGCUUAUGGCUGUCAACAACUUCGGGUUUGCUUUCUGUCAAUUCCUGGAACUCACCCCUUCGGUACGUUACAUUAUUAUUCUCACGGUGGACUGUUGCUACUGGUUGAACAUCGCUCAGUGUAUCCUGGGAAUAGUAGCUUCAUUUUUGACCACGGGCAGAAUCUUCUCCAAGAGAGGAGCUGAGGCUGACUCGAGAACAAGAAGCUGCUGGAUCAUCCUUAUCAUGAAUCUUCCUUACUGCCUGUCAGCCAUCAACUUUAUCCUAUCCAAGACUAAUCUAGCAAGAUAUGGAUAUGUUUAUCUGACCUUCGUCAUCGUACCGUGUUUCACGUCCAUGUUGAAUCCGAUAGUUGUUGUAUUUCUUAACCAUAAGAUCAGAGUAUUCACAUGGUCGUUGCUACAAGGAAAUGGCGUACGCGUGGGUCCCGAGUAUGAAACAAACUCCUCCAGGGUGACUACACGGAUGAAGAGCAGAGAGGAGGGAAGCCGGAAGCCAUGCAAGUGCAUACUGUAAAUAGCCGAGGACCAUUAGUGAAAUAUUAAUGAGGUUGACUUCCAAUAUUCCAGAAGCGAUAAGCGGACCGAAUACCUACCCGGACCCCCAAACUGUAUACUCCUGA